CCAUUCCCGUGAGUGAAUACAUUUUUUUUCUGUGAAGUGUUAAUUUUUACAUUUUUUUCUGGAAAAAUAUCACAAUUAGUGCAUCUAUUUUGCACGAAAAACAAAAAUAAAUGUGUUAUUAUACUUUAUCUAAUCGUUACGUCCUCAUUUGAGAUCUCCUAUUGCAUAAUUUGUGGAGUUUUUGAGGCAGUAGAUGUGUAAAGUAAUUUCUGUGAACGAAGAAGAAAAAAAAUCAUUUUCAAUUUUUCUGUGAAGUGUGUGCGAGCGUGUAUAUGUGUAUGUUUCGAAAUACUCGUGGCUUCAUGGCAAACUGAAAAAAUUUCGGAAAUUUUUCCUUCCCAAAUUUCGUGGAGACGACGCUAAGUCUUUCCUACCAAAUAAAAAUCCUCUAAAAAAAAUUAUACAUUAAUUAUUGUGUCGAAAAAUUCCGUCGAUUUGGUGAAAAUAUUUGUCAUUGUUUUGACAAAGAAAACAAAAAGCCAUAUCUGACUGACUUGGGAUACAAAUAAUAAUAGUAGACGGCCAUCAGCAUACCUGUACUUUUGAAUGUAUGCCUGCCUACCUAAGUUGUUGAAGUAGGAAAGAAAAAGAUUAAAAAGAAAUACAAAAACAAAAUACUAAUAUAAAUACAAAAACAAAAAAAUAUUUGUAUUGGAAAGUUAUGUCUUAAAUGCUGGUGAUUGAUUAUCUGCGUCAAUUGCUCAUAGUUCUCCUACCGCGAAACAUCCUUUAUUUUUCGCGUCUCUUCAAAUUUUGUUUAUUUUUUGGUAAGCUUUUCCCACUAUUAUUUCGGUACAAUUAACACAAUGAGUGGCAUACCAAGUCCAUCACUUGCUCGCAUUAAUGGCGGUAGCGAUAGGGAUAAGGAUUCCAUGUGGUAUUUUUCAUCCGAUGAUUUGGCCAAUUCGCCCAGUCGUAAAGCUGGCAUUACUCCAGAUCAAGAACUGUCUUACCGUCAGAUGACUGCGUAUCUUAUACAGGAAAUGGGUCAAAGACUUCAAGUCUCCCAGUUAUGCAUUAACACUGCCAUUGUGUACAUGCAUCGUUUUUAUGCAUUUCAUUCGUUCACACAUUUCCAUCGUAACGGAAUUGCAGCGGCCAGUCUGUUUUUGGCCGCUAAGGUCGAAGAGCAACCGCGCAAGUUGGAACACGUUAUAAAGGCAGCAAAUAAGUGCCUCAAUCAGCCGACUACCUCUACUACAGAUACCUACUAUCUUGAGCAGGCCCAAGAUUUGGUAUUCAACGAGAAUGUUUUACUCCAAACAUUGGGCUUCGACGUAGCCAUUGAUCAUCCACACACUCAUGUUGUGAAAACAUGUCAAUUGGUGAAGGCUUGCAAGGAUUUGGCGCAAACUUCGUACUUUUUGGCCUCCAACAGUUUGCAUUUGACUUCAAUGUGCCUGCAGUACAAACCCUCGGUUGUAGCAUGUUUUUGCAUUUAUUUGGCUUGCAAAUGGUCACGUUGGGAGAUUCCCCAAUCCACUGAGGGAAAGCACUGGUUCCAUUAUGUGGAUGAGACGGUGACGAUGGAUUUACUGAAGAAAUUAACCGAUGAAUUUAUUGCCAUUUACGAAAAAAGUCCAGCUCGCCUUAAAUCGAAAUUGAAUUCAAUUAAGGCUCUGGCUCAAGGAGCCGGUAAUCGCCAGGGACAAGUUAAAGAUAAAAAAGCCGAUCAAGAUUGGAAGGUAUCGGAUAUGAUUAAUAUGAAAAUGUAUCAUCCAGCCGAGACAGGGGUGAAUACUGGCAGUCAGUCCCAAUCAUCUUCAUCUCUGUACUCGAGUCAAGGAUCGGCGGGAGGCGAAUCAAUGUCGCAACAACAAAGUGGAAGUAUAUCACAACCCAUGUUACCACCACCGCCUCAUCAACCUCAACAAAUGCGCAAACCCGAUCUGCACUCAUCCAGUCAACACCGUUCUCACCACAGUUCUUCAUCAUCCUCGUCUUCACAUCAUCCCUCCAAAAUUGGCUAUUCACCAGGCGAUGUACCCGACCACAAACUCAGCUCCGGCCACAGCAAGCAACCUCAACAACAGCAACAGCCGCAGCCUUAUGGUGGAAGUAAUAUGGUAUCUAAUCGACCACCUCGAGAGCACACCUCUUCGAUGAUGGCGCCCUCAUCCAACAAAUCAUCCAGCUCCUCGUCGAGGUCAUCAAUGUCGAAUAAUCUGCCAGGUCAACCCAUAAGGCAGUCUUCAUCACAAGGUCAUCAUCCCAUGGAGGGUAAUUAUCACAAGCCCAGGGAACGCAAUAUGGCAGUGCCACCACCAUCAUCUGGCCACAAUAUGCCACCACAUGGUAUCCCCCAUAAAUUGGCUCAAAAACAAGAUGGAAUUCGAUCAAUGUCCUCCAAAGAUCAUUCAGGUCGCUUGGCAGCAGAUCAAGCUAAUAAGCAAAGUAACAGUAACAAAAUGUUUCCAUCUUCUGUGUCUUCACAAUACGGAGGCAACAAUUUACAAAUGCCGCCAGGCAGCAAUAGUAACAGUCAAUUAUCGUCUAAACUGGAUACAAUGCAUGAUAUAACGCGUAACUUAAUGCAUACAUCGCGGGGUGGUUACAAUAAUCCGCCGCCACAAACGCAGCCUUCCGCUAAUGGUCCGGCCGCACCUCUACUCAACUUUCACCAACAGCAACAGCAGGGAUCACGCCACAGCAGUAGUAAUAUCAGCAAUAGCAAUACUAGUAGCAGUCUUAAGCAUGAACAAUCCAAACAACAAAUUUCCGUCCAUAUGCAACAGCAGACGCAAACAGCUGCCCACCACCACAAACAGCCACAACCUCUACCUACAGAUCAGUCGUAUGGCAGUUUGAGCGGAGCUCACGAUCUGCAACAACAGCCACACGCCGCCUCCCUUAUUAGCAAUAAUUAUAGUAAAAUUGAACCUCUACAGCAUUCCGAAGAACCCUCACAUAAUGUUAACCAAUAUAAUCAACAAGCUCAAAAUCAUGCUGCAAAAGCGGCCAAUUCUUUGUUUAGUCCCGAAUGGAGUGAUAAACUGCAAGGACAACAACAGGAGCCUCAUAUGUCACAACAGGUGCUACCUCUGCCUGUACAGGGCAGUGGUCUCAACAGCUAUAUGAAUAGUUCCUGCAAUUUGACACAAAAUCCAGAUGCUUAUGCAGCAAGUGGCUAUAAAAUACCUUCUAGCUCUAUAAGUAGUAAGGAAAGUAGUCCUCCAAAGAUAAAAGGCGAACGAGACACUCCUUCCAAGAAGGAUAAGAAUCGUUCAAAUUCGUCUAAUCAAGAUAAUGGUCGGUCGGCUGUUGGUCACGCAUCAGCACAACAACAAAUUCUUAAAACUACAAUACCCAAAAAACUUGAUUCGUCAUUAUCAAGCUCAUUAACAGGCCUUAACGAACUUGCUGGUACAAGUAAUAUGGGUUCAGUUGGCGGCAUUAAGCGACCCAAUGAAACGGUCACCGUUAAACAAGAUGACGAUUUACUGAUGCGGGACAGCAAAAUACGAAAGAUUGAUCCGCCUGCCGGCAACGACAUUGGCAAGCUUCAAGUUGUGAAUGGCAUAGAAACAAAUCCAGAUUUGGUACGAAAUCUGCUUAAGGAAAGUCUGUGCAGCACACCUUCCAUUGUUACACCAAGUCUACAGCCACCUGCCGAAUUAUUUGAACCCUCUGCCACUACCUCAUCAACAAAUCAACACAACACCUCCAUAACAUCGAUUAGUACUACUGUGCUGUCAGGUAAUUCGGAUGUCUCUGCAAUGGAAACCGAUGAUCAUGGCACAUCGGGCAGUAAGUCGGAGAAAAAGAAGAAAAAGGACAAACAUAAACACAAAGAGAAGGACAAGUCGAAAGAUCGAGAAGAAAGGAAGAAACACAAAAAAGAUAAAGAUCGCCAUAAAGAUAAGGAACGUGACCGAGACCACAACGACAAUGGAAAUUCAAGUGCCGCGGGAUCUGCGGAACAUGUUAAAAUAAAAAUUUCCAAAGAAAAACUGGAGGCUGGUGGAGAGCCCAUUGGGUUCAAAAUUAAAAUACCCAAAGAUCGUAUAAUGGGUGAUCUUAAUACAGGUUCCUCCGGCCAAACAAAUAUCGAUUCAUCUGCAUCGCAUGGUCCCCCGGUCUUGAAAAUCAAAAUAUCUAAGGAUAAGCUGGAAAGCUACAGUAGUGGUUCAACCGACUUGGGCGCCGGCUUGGCUGCCACAACGCAUCCAUCAUAUGGACAUAAUCCAUCAGUAGCAUAUACAUCCUACGGCGCUGCAGGUUCACACUCCAACCUCUCAACAACAACGCAUAGUAGCAGCAGUAGUAGCAAGAAAAAAGAUCGCGACCGCGAGAAGGACCGUGAACGAGAUAAGGACAAGAAGCGCAGUCACGAAUCUUCAUCGUCGAAAUCGAAUGGCAGUGGGGUCGGUGGUGGUAGCAGUGGUUUCAUGACUGCUGGAGUUGUAGGUUCAAAUGCAACAAAUGGCUCAAUUGCUGGACAACACCACUCGAACUCUAUCAGUGGCAGUAGUACAACGCAAAAAGCGCAAUAUUCCAGCAAGUUGCAAGCUCUAAGAAAACGUUUAUUAAAUUUUUUUCCUGGUGGAAGAUUCCAAUCCAAAGUAAAAACUAAAAAAACACUAUCGAAACGUUUUUAAACAAUACUUUAGUAAACAUAAAAAUGAAUUCAUUAAUGUUGAAAAUUUUGUAAGAAGUUUUGCUCCGACUUAUGAAUAAUAAUUAAUUAAUACACAGUCUCUGUUUGGCACGCGACACAGAAGCCUCCGUGUUCAAACAAAAGCAUUUUUUUAUUUGGCUUUAACGUAAAAGUUAUCUUUAAACAAUGAUACUAUUUUUAUUAUUAUUUUAAUUUCUUAAUACAUGAUAACUAUUAUACAAACUGUAAAAUUGUUUCAUUCUUACUUCUUUUUAUAAAUUAUAAAAAAAAACUAUUUAAAUUGAAAUCUAAAUAAAGAGAAAAAACUUAUUGUAAAUAUUUAUACUAUAUACUGACACUAAUUUAUACAAAUAAUACAAAAUAUGUUACAAAUAUGGGAAAUUUAAUAAAAAAUCAUUUAAUUUACCACAAAUUCCUAUAAACAAUUGAAUUGCAAAAUUAAAAAAAUUAACUUAAAGAAUUAAAUUAAUAAAAAAGAGAAUAAUUUUAAACAAUUACCAGAGAAAGUUAUAAAAAAUGCAAAUGCUAGAAAUAAGAAAUAAAAAAUAUGAUAAAUAAUAAAAACAAAAGUGAAAAGAAAAACUCAAAA